UGUUUUCUCUUACAGUAUAAUGAGGUAUUGGGAAAGGGAGCAUUCAAGACUGUCUACAAGGCAUUUGAUCUACUUGAGGGCAUUGAAGUUGCAUGGAGUCGAGUGAAAAUUGAGGACGUGCAGUCAUCAGAAAGUUUGGAAAAAUUGUAUUCAGAGAUUGAUCUUCUAAGACAAUUGAAACAUGAAAAUGUAAUGAAGUUAUACGAUUCGUGGAUCGAUCACAAGAAGAAGACAGUUAACAUGAUCACUGAGCUCUUCACGUCUGGGAACCUGAGGCAAUACCGUAACAAGUAUAAAAGUGUUGAUAUGAAGGCUAUAAAGAAUUGGGCAAGGCAGGUUCUUCAAGGUUUGGAGUAUCUCCAUAGUCAGAAUCCACCUAUCAUUCAUCGAGACUUGAAAUGUGAUAAUAUAUUUGUCAAUGGAAAUCAUGGGGAAAUCAAGAUUGGUGAUCUUGGAUUGGCAACUAUUAUGAAGCAGCCAACUGCUAAGAGUGUUAUUGGGACCCCUGAAUUCAUGGCCCCGGAGCUCUACGAAGAAGAGUAUAAUGAACUAAUAGAUAUAUAUUCCUUCGGAAUGUGUAUGUUGGAAAUGGUAACUUUUGAAUACCCUUACAGCGAGUGCAAGAAUUCUGCCCAAAUUUAUAAGAAAGUUAGCUCAGGCAUUAAACCUGCUUCCCUCUGUAAAGUUACCGAUGCUGAAGUCAAAGCAUUCAUUGAAAAAUGCUUGGUUGCAGCAUCUGAGAGAUUGUCAGCUAGGGACCUCCUGAAAGAUCCGUUUCUUCAAUUUGAAAACUUGGAGGAGUCAGUCGAUAAUCAAAUUCAGUUACCUAAGCAAAGUCCUACAUCCUUGAGUUUAUUGAAACCUUUACCUCAUCCCAUGGAUGUGGAUUUCGAGUCUAACCAAUCUAUAUAUACAGAUUCUAGUUGUGGAAGUCCUAGUGUUCCAGGUUUGGAAUUCCAGAGAUGUCAUCAGAAUAAUGAAUUCAAAUUAAUGGGGAAGAAGAAUGAUGCCAACUCAAUUUCGUUGACCUUGCGAAUCAGAGAUCCUGCUGGUAGUGUUAGAAAUAUACAUUUCAUUUUCUAUCUUGAAACUGACACUGCACCGUUAGUUGCGGCUGAGAUGGUUGAACACUUGCAGCUAGCUGAUCAUGAUGUAGCUUUUAUUGCUGACUUUAUUGAUCACCUAGUAAUGAAGAUAUUUCCUGCUUGGAAUCCGUCUUCUGGUGACCAUUCUAGUGGAGGGAGAAAUCCAAGCAAACAACCUCAAGAAAGCUUAAACAUGUCUUCAAAUUCAUGGCAUACAGACGUGAGUGGUUGCUUGUCCAAGUCCAUAGGUCACCAAGGUGUUAUUUCUGACUUUAACGUGGAAACUCAAGUUGGUGCUCGAAGUGAUAAAGGUGAAUUGUAUGUGAAUUCAGAUGACGCUUCUCAUCAUGUUACAUUUGCUUCCCCAUCGCGCUUGACGCUUGUGGAUGAUGGAAAAUCUCAACAAUCAGUUGUUUCUAGAGUAAUGGCUGAAGAUGCUAAUGUAUGCUCUGAUGAUCAUAUUAAUGAUGGAUUUCCUAGAAGUUGUAGUACAAACAUCUCGGAGAUGGAUUUUAGGUACUUGUUUCACGAUGAAUGGACAACACAGGAAAACAACAGUGAUGUUGCAGAACGCGUACCAUCAAAUGAAUAUGGAAAGGAUUCAGAAAUGACUUAUUCAGAUAUCGACAAAAUGUCAAGUGGUUCUUUCUCUUCUAUAAUCGAGAAAAAUGAGGAUACAGAGCUAAAGUUGGAGAUGAAAGCAAUUGAUUUGCAAUAUCAGCAGUGGUUUCAGGAACUCUCGACGAUGAAGGAGGAGGAAAUGGAAAACUGCAGGAAGAGAUGGAAGACUAAAAAAGUUGGCAAGCAACUGAUCAAGACUGGAUGCAUUGCCAACUUUCUUCAAAUAUCUGAGUUUGUCUUAUAGAUUAAUGAUUCCGAUGAAGGCUAGUAUUCGUUUUUCUUCUUUUCCUACGCUUAAAUCUAUAUAACUUCCAUCCUUGAAGGAUCUUGUGGUCUCAUUCUAAUAGACCUAAGAGGGAUCACUUUAUACGCGGAUAUUUUGGUAGGUGGAGAUCAUACUAUAUAACUGUGUACAUUGUUG